GCGCCAACCGUCCUGGUGUAGUAACAUGUGCGCCCCUAUUGUUCUUUCACCGGUGUGUAAAAAUACUCUCCCAGGGGGGGAUCCUUAAUGGCUUGGUUUACCAAUACGUGCGUGCACAUAUUUAAAGGUGUACAUUUAAAAGAAAUCGUGCCUACACGUUCAUGGCGUGAAAUACUUAUGUACUCUCGUGAGUGGGGACCUCUUCCCCUUUUACAUUCGACAAACUGACGCUUAUAAAUGCCCCCCCCCUUUGGUAUGCAACAAAAAAAUAUGCGUGCUGUUCGCACAGUUUUAUGAGAAGGUGGAAGGGCUGAAUGACUUUUCCCCAUUUUGGUGAAGCACAGUGUGUCAUGGCGUGGGUCCUAAGUUACGUGCUGUACUCCCCCACCAGGCAUGCAAAUUUGUAUGUGCGUAAAUACGUGCCAUUACACGCGAGUGUAUAUAUUCAUGGCAGUACGCCCCUUCUCAAGGGCUGCUAUUUGUUCAUGCCCCUUUCCUUCCUUUGCCGAUAAGGCAAAAAAAAAGGUCCUAUACAAAUUUGGUGACCCACCCAUCCUUCAUUUUUUAUUUUACACUCAUACACUCAUAUGAAGAUAGCGGGCGGCAUACGCAGCGCUUGCGUUAUGUAUUUGCAUACACGCAAAGGCGCAAUUGUUAAACACCCCCACCGUGUGGGCGAUGCCAUUUCGCUAUCAUACUUGUGGGGUUAAGGACUCCUCAAAGGUGCGACAAAAAAAUUCGGCACAUUUUUACUCGUGUAUUUAUGUAUUCAUAUUAACACAGUGUAUGUUUUAAGUGACGAAUUUUUUAUGGCCCCCCACCCCUGCACCUUAGCGGAGUGAAAAUAUGAAUAGCUCCAAAUGGGUAGGGGGGCUACAUGGCACAAAGUGAUGAGUCAGCUUGGUGACAUCCCACCGUACACAUGGUGAGUGUCACCGUAUGCAUUCCUCAUGCGCAUGCCCACAUUUCGCGUCACUUCGCGUCAUUUUGCGUUAUUUCGCUUCAUUUCGCUUCAUUUCGCUUCAUUUCAGUUCACUUAUUUUUUUUCUUUUUUUAAUUUUUCCCCUUUCAUUUUUCCGAGGUUUAUCAUUUCUGUGCUCUUGCGGAUUUGUGCGUACACUCCUUAGCGGGUAAAAAAAAUCGUUUUGUAAAACAUGUACAGUAUUGUAUAGCCUACGCGUAUUUAUACGUACAUAUUAUUAUGUAAACAUUUUUCCACCUUUUUUUUUUUUUGCCAUGUAAAUUGUGCCUUUUUACGCGCCUUAAAAGUUAAGUGUUUCCCCUCCUUGCCUGCCGCUUGCCUUUCUCUCUUCCCCUUUUUAUAUAAAUAAAUAUGAAUUAUGUAAAAGCGUUUAUUGUGCCACGUAGUUAAUUUUCACAUUUUAUGUAUCAUAACGAUAGCACCCGCUCCUCAAAAAAAAGAGAAAAAAAAAUCCACAAACAAAUACAGAAAAGCGGCAAAAAAGAACGUACAGAAAAGGCAUAAUUUUACAUAUCGCAACAGCAUAACGAAGCGAAGUCACGCGAAGUCACGCGAAGUCACGCGAAGCCACGCGAAGCAAAGUAAAAAGCGAGCACAUAUUCGUACGUAAGAGCGAGGAAGCAAAACCGUUUGUACAAAAUGGCAGCCACAGAGAGUAACCAGCCAAUCCCCCCCGAAGAGGAAAAGGAAAUAUCGUCGCUUCUGGAAAGCAUAAAAAUAGAUGAUGAAAAGAUGACCGACCUGACGGAGGAACAAAAGGAAACGCUAAAAAAGCUGAAACUGUACCAGAAGGAGUACUACGAUUACGAGUCGAAGUUUGAGUACGAGUUAUUUUUGUUAAGGCAAAAGUACCACGAUUUGUAUGGGCCGAUUUAUGACAAGAGAAGAGAAGCAUUGGUAGGAAAUGGGGAAGCAAAAAUCGGCACUCCAAAUCUGCCUGAAUUUUGGCUAAGAGCAUUGAGGAACAACAACACAGUGAGUCAUGUUAUAGAGGACCACGAUGAAGAAAUUUUAGUAUACCUAAAUGACAUUCGAUGUGAUUAUAUAAAAAAAAAUAAGGAGAAAAAGGAGGGAUUUAUUUUAUCCUUUCACUUUGCAUCCAAUCCGUUUUUUAGCAACUCCGUUUUGACGAAAACGUAUCAUAUGAAAUGUGUCGAUUGUGACAAUGAGCCAGUGUUGUUACACACGGAGGCGACUGUUAUCGACUGGUUUGAUAAUAAAAAUAUUUUGAAAAAAAACGUCGUUAAAAAACAACAUAACAAAAAUUCAAGAGAAGUGAAGACGGUCCAGCAAACAGUUAACAGGGAUAGCUUUUUCCACUUUUUUACCAGCCACAAAGUUCCCAAUUCAAAUGUUAUAAAGCAGUUAAGUAAACAUGAGGUAGCCCAGUUGGAGAUGAUUAUAGAGGGAGAUUACGAAGUGGCCUUAACCAUUAAGGAGAGAAUCAUUCCCUAUGCGGUUGAUUACUACUUGGGUAUUAUAAUCGAAAGCGAAAGCAACAGCAUUGUGAGUGACGUGGACAGCAGCUACAGCAGCAGCGAAAAUAAUAGCAACUAUAACAGCUACGAAAGUAACAACAGUGCAUACAACGAUGAAAAUAGUAAUGUAGAUACGAAUGAGUAUGACGACAAUGAGGAAGAUGAGGAUGAUGGCGCUAAGAGCAAUGAGGAGGCCCUGACUUCCUGA